CGAUGAUGUCCCCCAAGAUUCCUCCUUUACUUCCGCCGGCGACCAACGAUGCGCUGCGCCGCACACCACGCAACCGCAACCACCGAUCAGCUCGUCCCUGAGCCCCCACCACCACCAGUACACGAGGCCCACCAAACUACUGCUGCUGCUGCUGCUGCUACUACUACUACUCCACCCCACUAGCUCGCGGGCACGCCACUGUCUCCGUGGUUUCUGGAGAUCGCAAGCCGCGAUGGCGACGACGACGACGACGAGGAGGAGCGCCGUGGUGCCCCUCGUGCUCCUGCUGCUCGUGGCGGUGGGCGCUGCCGAGGGCGGCCGGGAAGGGGACGGGGAGGCGGCGGCGACGUGGCGGGCGGAGCAGGAGUGGGACCGGGUGGCGCGGGUGCCCGGCCAGGACUUCGACGUCGGGUUCGCGCAGUACGCCGGGUACGUCACCGUCAGCGAGGAGCGCGGCGCCGCGCUCUUCUACUGGUUCUUCGAGGCCGCCGAGGACCCGGCGUCCAAGCCGCUCGUGCUCUGGCUCAACGGAGGGCCAGGUUGCUCAUCAAUUGCGUAUGGCGUUGCGGAAGAAGUAGGACCUUUUCAUGUUAAUGCAGACGGACAGGGCGUACAUCUGAAUCCCUAUUCUUGGAACCAAGUGGCAAAUAUCUUGUUCCUUGAUUCACCAGUUGGUGUUGGUUAUUCGUACUCAAACGUCUCUGACGAUAUAUUAAAUAAUGGGGAUGCCAGGACUGCCAAUGAUUCAUUGACGUUCUUAACAAAGUGGAUUGAACGAUUUCCUCAGUACAAGGGGCGUGAGUUCUACGUGACAGGAGAGAGUUAUGCUGGCCACUAUGUUCCUCAAUUAGCACAAGCUAUAAAGAGGCACCAUGAAGCCACCGGAGACAAAUCGAUCAAUCUAAAGGGCUAUAUGGUAGGAAAUGCUCUGUUUGAUGAUUUCCACGAUCACCUUGGCGUGUUUCAAUUCAUGUGGACCAAUGGCUUGAUUUCCGAUCAAACAUAUAGGCUACUGAAUGUUUUCUGUGACUACGAGUCCUUUGUACAUACAUCAUCACAGUGUAAUAAGAUUCUUGACAUUGCUAGUACCGAAGCUGGGAACAUCGAUUCGUACAGCAUCUUCACACCUACUUGCCAUUCAUCUUUUGCCGCCUCAAGGAACAAAGUCAUGAAAAGGCUGCAUUCUGUUGGAAAAAUGGGAGAGCGGUAUGAUCCAUGCACUGAAAAGCAUUCAACUGUAUACUUCAAUCUGGCUGAGGUGCAAAAGGCACUUCAUGCUAGUCCGAUCAUUAACAAAUCUAAAUGGGAAACCUGCAGUGAUAUUGUUAACACUAACUGGAAGGACUGCGAAAGAUCUGUGCUGCAUAUCUAUCAUGAACUUAUACAGUAUGGUCUUCGUAUAUGGGUGUUCAGUGGAGAUACAGAUGCGGUGCUUCCAGUAACAUCAACUAGAUACAGUAUCGAUGCCCUCAAACUUCUGACAGUAACCCCUUGGAGUGCUUGGUAUGACGAGGAUGGUGAGGUUGGUGGCUGGACUCAAGGGUACAAGGGACUAAACUUUGUGUCUGUCAGGGGCGCGGGUCAUGAGGUUCCUCUUCAUAGGCCCAAACAGGCUCUUAUUCUCAUCAAAUCAUUCUUGGCUGGGAGAGCAAUGCCCAUUGUUUCAGAUUCUCACAGUGACAUGUAACAUAUUUGACAACAAUUAGAUAUUACUAGGAUCACAAAAGGCAGCUCAUACAGAGCUAUUAGUAUUUCAAGAUCGCAUGGAACUCAUACUAUAUAUGAGCAUAGCUGUUGUCACUUCUCACUACUAUUGCCAGCUGCCACCAAGUGUUCCCUAAAUGAAACUGGAAACAAAAUCGUGGAAUAGUUUUCAUGCCACGAAUUGACACUGCCUGUUGAUGUUGAUAUGAACCUGAGACAAAAAUAUUAUUCGAUGGUGAAUGUUCACAUCAUUAUCUUACA